GAGAAGCAUAGCAAAGUUCAUUAACUGUUUGAUAUAAUGAUUUUCUAUCUUGGCACUUGCAAUGGGUUAUUAGUGUUGCUUGCGGUAAUGUUUUUCUUGUAGUGGAGACUCGCAUAAACCCAUUUGAAAGUUCUACUCCUCUUGUCUUUAGUUUGAUUGUAAGACGUAAUAUGAUGAUAUAAUAGGAAGCCUCCAUUAUACAGCUGGUUUCUAAUCUCCAGGGAUGACAUUUCUCGUCUUAGAAUUACUGCAUCGCGUUUAUCAAUCCACCAUAGCCUAGGUCAAAGUCAACUAAAGCCAUCGCUAUGCCUUCCUUUCUCUUCCAUGGAAUAGUCCUACAUUUACGUAUUAAUAUAAAAAAAAGAUCACACGUCGUCUACAUUUAUUACUUUAAUCAACAAACAUAUAUAUCGUAUACCAAUUCAUCUCUCUUCAAAAACUUCAAGAAUGCAUUAUCAAUUGUGCCUUUCAACUCUUGCCAUUUCCAUCUUCACCUACUUCUUAACCAUCUUCUUCCUUAUCCCACUAUCAUAUAGCCAAGAUGAUGAAAAUUUUGCCCAAUGCUUUGAUUCUUUUAGCUGUGGGGACAUACACAACCUCAUGUUUCCUUUUUCCAAGGAUGACAGGUCUCUACUCUGUCGCCAAGAUGGCUUCGUGUUGAGCAAAUGUGAGGAUCCCCAGCCUAUCAUACAUAUUGGUGGGAACGAAUACCGACUCAUGUACUUAAAUCACUCCACUUCUACAAUGAGUAUUGUUAGAAACGAUUUAUGGGAACAGAGUUGUCUUCCAAAUCCCAUUAAUAUCACUAUAAAUGACUCUUUCUUAACCUAUCCUCCAACAAAUCGACACCUUACUUUGUUUUACAAUUGCUCCAACGUACCCCAACGUCCUAUUAUAUUUCCGUGCUCCCCAGAGUUACUUUCUUUUUAUGCGGAUGAUUUAAGUGAAAGGGAUACUUAUAGAGACUUUAGCAACUCCUGUGGUACGAAUAUUCAAGUUCAGGUUAAUCAGAGCAGUUUUGAUGAACUCCAGAAUGAAAGGAAUGAAUAUAUGCUUGAAGAGUGGAGAUUUGGAUUUAAUGUGGUGUAUGAUUUUCCUUCAAUUUUCUGUGAAAGAUGCGACAACCUUGUAGAGAAAUGCUCCAACUUGGUGAAUUCACCUCGAUAUCCUGUCUGCAAGUCUGGCCGGCAUGGUUCUAACUUGGCAAAAAAGCUUGCAAUCGGUUUUGGAGCGGCUGCUGGAGGCAUAAUAAUCUCGGCCAUCGCUUUCUAUUUCUGGUUGCGCCAUCGCCGUGGAAAGGAGUUCUUUAAAUCAUCUUAUGCAUGGAGCAAAAGCUUUUCCGAUCGUUCUUUCAUGAUGGAUCCUGAGAAGGUCAAAAGCUUGGCUGGUGUCCAUCUCUUCACCUAUAAAGAACUUGGAGAAGCUACCAACAAUUUUGAUUCCAAUAAGGAACUUGGUGAUGGAGGCUUUGGAACCGUAUAUUAUGGCAAACUUCGAGAUGGACGCGCGGUUGCGAUUAAACGUUUAUAUGAAAACAACUACAAGAGAGUUGAGCAAUUCAUGAAUGAAGUUUGGAUCCUAACCAAAUUGCAUCACAGAAAUCUCGUAUCGCUUUACGGAUGCACCUCUCGUCACAGUAGGGAACUGUUGCUGGUAUAUGAAUAUGUUUCUAAUGGCACUGUUGCCGAUCACCUUCAUGGACAACGUGCUAAACCGGGUGCGCUCUCUUGGUCCAUUCGCUUAGAUAUAGCCAUAGAGACUGCAGAUGCACUCAGCUAUCUCCAUGCUUCUAAAACCAUCCACCGUGAUGUGAAAACCAACAAUAUCCUCCUCGACAACAAUUUCACAGUUAAAGUUGCCGAUUUCGGACUGUCUCGUCUUUUUCCAUCUAAUGUUACCCAUGUUUCCACUGCUCCACAAGGGACUCCCGGUUAUGUCGAUCCCGAAUAUCACCAAUGCUACCAGCUUACCGAGAAGAGUGAUGUGUUUAGCUUUGGGGUUGUACUCGUUGAGCUAAUAUCAUCAAAACCAGCCGUAGACAUCACGAGGCACAGACACGAGAUCAAUUUGUCGAACAUGGCUAUCAAUAAGAUUCAAAACCGAGCAUUACAUGAACUAGUGGAUCCAUCUCUCGGGUUCGAAUCAGACUACAAGGUUAGGAAAAUGAUAACGGGUGUAGCAGAGGUGGCAUUCCAGUGCCUGCAAAACGAGAAAGAGAUGAGACCAACAAUGGCACGAGUGUUGGAGGCCCUAAAGGGUAUACAAAAUGAGGAUUACAAUAAAGCAAAGGCAGAAGAGAUGGAUAUUUCAGCAGAUGAUGUUGGGUUGUUGAAGAGUGGACCAUUGCCACAUUCUCCAGAUUCUGUGAUGACAAAAUGGCAUAGCUCCUCUACAAUACAGUCAAAUAGUACGAGUUAACUUAAAUUUCACUAAAUUUCGAGGCAUAUAGUAAAGGAAACACUGUCAACCUGUACUAUAAUUUUUCUUUCCAUUUGUGCUUCACCUUGAAUGGUAAAUGGGAUGUAAAUAUUAUAUAGGAUAAGCGGUGUAUGAAAACCGUCAGCUUUGGCAUUCAAAUUUUCAGCUGAUUCCAGCUUUUUGAUUAACAAGUUGCAUAAAUUAGAUAAACAAAUUAAUUGUUUAAUUUAA